AUGGACGGGUCAGUCUUACGCACUUCACUGCCCACUAGCCAGUACCGCUAUAGGCCAGCACCAACUCUGGACAAUGUGGGCAACAUCUUUGAUAUGGGGUGGAAGGAGAACUGCAACCAGGUGCUGGGAUCUACAUGGCGCGAGUGGCUUUUGCCCAUCCAGCCUUUGCUGCCUGAUGGAUUCGACGGCAGCAGGUUCCCCGUCAAAGAACACUUGCUUGAUCUAGCUGAAAGCAGAGCCCAAGCGGAAAUCGCCAUGCAUGCUAGAAAGCCCCUUGUCCGGCCAGAGACUUUGUCAUGA